GCGUUUUAGAUAUAUUUUCUUGAAGGUGAAAAGUAUGGAAAACACGGAUGUUUUCUGUUAAGAAUUACUUUGUACGAUCAAUCAUGUCAAAGGACGUUCGGGUAUUUACGGAUAGCAGAAUUGGCUCCGCUCGUCCAUGACAUUGAUCUCGAAUCAAUUAAUUUACGAAUCCGUCGGAUAAAGAAGGGGUAGUUUCGAAGAUUCGGCUCUGCUACGGCGGUUUAUUGAUUUUUUCAGCCUGUACCGGUGUUACAACAAUGACGAUUGAUCAGUAUUGUUGAGUGACAGGGAUCGGUAGGCAGCUUCAGAGAAACCGCAGUUCGUUGAACAUCAGCUUCGUGGAAUACAGUACCGGUACUGUGUUAUAUGAGUAAUUAUUGCAGUAUGCUGCUACUCAACAUUGACUCAACUUAAAGGGAAGAACGUUAAAAACUUGAACGUUGAAAGACUCGUUAGAAAGAGAAAUACAUAUCGACGAGGAAAGAUUGAAAGAAAGAAGAGAAAUAUUUCAGAGGAUACAAUUUUAGAGAAACAGGACAAUUUUAGAUGUCGAAAUUAUAAAUUACGAUAGUAGAAUUUUGUUUGUGGAAAUUUGGAAGAUAGGAGAAUAAAUAGAAGCAGAAGAACCAAUUCGACAGAACGAAUAUUGGAUGUCGGCCGUAUGGCAGGGAUGAAUGGGCGACAUCCGGUUUUCUGAUUCACUGAGAUAUUCUUGAGAAACGCGUAAGACACGCGCGUAGACGUUCGCUCGAUUCAAUGUUGUCUUAACCGAUGAACAAUUGAUAAAAUCGAGCCAAUAUUAACAGACUAUUGCUUUUUAAUUCGGAGCAAGAUCGACGCUGUUUUGCAUCAUGUGUCUGUCACGAGAUAAAGGAAGAUUGCUUCAUCGCUUGUUUUACGUCAAUCGAUCGAUAUUGCUUGUGUGAAGAAAGAAUCGUAGAAAAAUCACGGUCGUUUAACGAUUUCAAACGGAUGGAAAAGUAUAAUAUCGACGCAAACAUGAGGCAGUGUUUCGACAGAGUUUUUAUACACGGAAGCACGAGUACUCCUCUGACUAACCAUUAUGUAAAUGAUGCAAAUUAUUACGACAUCUCUAGCAACGAUGACAGAUCAGAUCCCUUGGAGAAAUUUUACUUAAUUACUGGACAAAGGUGGCACGCAGAUACUGUGCUGCCUAUUCCUUUAUUGCCAUCUACAGAGGGAAUGUCUGCUAGGUCUCAUCAUAGGAUCCCACAGUCCAUAACGGGACUGGAUGAUGCUGGAAUGGAUUUGCAAGCAGCUCAACUUAGUACCCGUACAGGUCAGGAGGUACGCUCCACUGCAAAUUUAUCAUGGCCAGACUGGCAAUUGCCUAUGUUCGUAGUACUUUGCGCCAUCGGUGGCGCUAUUCUCUUUACAUUCCUGGUUUUGUUAUGGCUGCGGAAACAAAUGUCGCGUGAAAAAGAUACAGAGGAUGGUGACAGGAGAGGUUUGGUAGAGGAAGGUGCUGUAGGUCAUCCAGAAAAGCCUAUUAAGCCUGCAAAAGGAUCAAUUGAAUGGGUUCAUCAACCUGCAGCAAAACCAUCCAUUCAGUCUGUUCAGACUGUCCAAUCAGUCACACAAGCUACUGGUUUACCAGAGGUAAUGUCGGUGGCAAUACCAGAACGCAGACCGGAGCCAAUAUGUAUAAAAGCUAAAGGAUUAUUGGAACGACGUGGAUCAAGCGCAAGUUUGACUAUAGAAUUGGCACCUCCUCCAGAAAGUCCACCACACAUUGUCACGCCUACCCGCGAAUGUACCGCGGAGGAAUUUUUAUUAAGUGCCGGAAACGUUCUAUCAAGAGCCCAACUUAAAAAAGCAAUCAGUGAUCCAGCAUCCUUGCACAAAGAGUUUUGGGAGGUUCCUCUCAACUUGCCUGAGAAAUUAGAUAUUUGUGGAUCCGGGGUGAAGAAUAGAUAUUGUUCCGUAUUACCAAACCCACAGUCGAGGGUGGUUUUACCGGGUUCUGCUGAUGAUCCUCUUUCUAGUUAUAUUAACGCCAAUUAUAUUCGGGGUUAUGAUGGAGAAGAUGUUCGCUAUAUUGCAACGCAGGGACCAUUACCUCACACUGUGGGUGAUUUCUGGAGAAUGGUCUGGGCAGAAAAAGUACCAGCGAUAGUUAUGAUGACGAAGCUAUACGAGGCCGCUAAAACAAAAUGCGAAGCAUACUUUCCGCUGGACAAAAAUAAUCGCAUACAAAGUGGACCGUUUACCAUCAUCGUUAACUCUAUCGAUACGAGAGAAGGUUACAUAAUCAGAGAUUUAGAACUUCGAUACGAAGGAGACAGAAGACACGUGCAGCAUUAUUGGUAUGAUUCAUGGCCGGACCAUGCCGUACCUCAAGCUGCGGAUACCCUUGUUAGUUUAGCCGCAGAAAUAAAUUCUUUACCAGGUCCGGUUAUUGUUCACUGCAGUGCAGGAAUUGGACGAACUGGUUGUUUCAUAGCUUUAGCCACGGGAAUGAUACAGCUAUUAAGAGAUGGAAAUGUUGAUGUGUUGGGUAUUUUAUGUCAAAUGAGAUAUGACAGGGGCGGUAUGGUUCAAACGGCAGAACAGUACGAAUUCGUUCAUCGUGCACUUUGUCUGUACGAACAGACGCUUGAUGGUGGUAAAGCGUCGAGUUCAGGGGAUUGAAACCAUAAAUAAGGCGAUUGUGGGAAUUGAUAACAGUUCACUAGAAGAAAAAAUUUGUUUGAGAAUUACUAUGAAAAGAUUUACGAAACGACUAUGAGAUAUUGUCUGCAACAUAUUACUUCGUCCAGGUGUGAAUAUCUAUACCAUGGAGGAAAUUCUAUGGAAAGAAUCUCAACUUUAGACCAGCGGAUGUCUUAUCUGACUUUCAGCUAUUCAAGAUGAGUUAUGUCUCACUAAAUAAGCUGCCAUUUCUAUACUGCCAUGACGAAUCGUUGACAAUUAAUAUCAGUCACAAAGCUCAAGACAAAGAUAAACGGUUUAUUGACUCAUGUUCUAAAGAAUACGAUGUUCUUAAACGGAAUUAAAACUGUUUGACUAAUGAAAAAAAAAAUAUUUCAAUUUGACUCACGAGAUAUCAGGGUUUAUCUGAGUAUCGAUUCAGAUUUUUAUGCAUUCUCUAUGUGUUACAAAUUAGAUUUGUCAGUUAUAAAUACUUGCAUCUAUAAUAUUCUCAGAAUCCUAUACUUUCUACAAGCAGUUCUUUGUUAGCUUUCCAAUGCAGCAAACUGUUACAAAAUUGAUGUUGCUGUCUAAUACUACAGUUAAAGAAAUGAAUGCUAAAAACUGUUAAUGAUUAUUUCAAAAUGAAACCAUAUAUACAGAAAAGCAAAUUAUUAUAAAAUUGGGACCCACGUCGAUUAAAAUAUUUUUAUCCUAUUUGUAGUUCCUAGUUAAUUUAACGGUAAAACUUACACGCUGAUUUCCAUGACUUUUAAUUAAUUUAUCAAUAAAGACUGAAUGCAGGUAGUACAAUAUGUUUAUUAUAUAAGUUAUAAAUCUAACUAGAGAUAAUAUGUUUCUCUGAUCCAAAACAAAAUCUAUGAUGUUAUAAGAUCGUAAGAAACGUAGUUUUACUUGAAAAAAGAAAGGAGAAAAAGAGAUAGCAAAUUGUAGGACGGAUUUGUUGAUCUGAACCUCGAAAAGCAAACUAUCGAUUCCUCAUAUAGCAAAGCAAGGUUAUAGUUGUUGUAUAACAUUCUCUCUAAGUAUUAUGUACAAAACUAUAAUUAUUUAUUCUGUUUACUGCUUGAAUAAAUUAAUAUUUAAUGAAAUUCCAAUACAAUGUUAUGAAUUAGUGACUAAAGGAGCCAUUGCUUUUUUUUUCUUAAUAAUAAUCAGUUUGCUCGGUUGAAUAUUGUAUUAGUCUAUAGGUGACAAUAAGUGUGGUUACGAGCUUCUAGGGAAAAUUUGAAAAGAACUUAUUAACAAGAAUGGCAAUAGUUUGAACAGAAAUGUCUCUCUGCAUAGAAAUAUUGCAUAUAACUCGAUUUCGACGUUGUAUCAAAGUUAUUAAUAUUCAUUACUAUCGCAUACCGUUACGAGAUAUAUUGCAGACCCUGUAAGAUCUAUGAUUAUCGAUCGUUGUAAUGGAAUCUUUGAUUCGUUCUUUUUUUAUAAUUAAUUCUCACCGUAAUUCCACUAAGUUGUGCGUUUCGAUUUCAGACUGUUACAAUUGUAUGCAAUUUUGACAAUUGUCUGUAUGGAUAUGCCGUAGCGAGUUCAAAUGUUAUUUUAAGAUAUUCAGUCUGUUAAUCGAAUGUGUUAUAACAUCAACUAUUCGAAUUGUCGAUAUAAUGCCUCAGAAUUCUUCUGUUUUGUAAGUGAACAAGUGUGAACGUGUAUUUUUGAGCGAAAGAUUGUGAUAUGUAUACAUAUAUACUAAUAUAUAUACAUAUAUAUACUUGUACAUAUGUUGUACAGAGAGCAAAAUAUAUUUAAGAGACUAUGUAUUUGUGUAAGCAAAUUGAGAGUAAAUUAUUUAUGAGUAUACAUAUAAAGCCUUGGGCAAACUUUAAUGUAAACGUAUUAAUAACGUAACGAUAACAAUAACAAUAAUUUAGAAACCCUUUGGUGUUCAACUGUACUUAUGUGACGUAAUAAAUGUUUAUAGUACCCAUGCAAUGUUUACGUGUAAUUUUUUGGCAAAGUGGAGUACUAUCGCGGCCACGUAUGUUGAAUUUUGUUUGCGAAGAAUUAUUUGUAAUUAUUAUGAUUUUAUAAUAGAAUUUUAUUAAGUUAUUUUCUAUGUUUAUUCAAAUUCCUAUACUUUACGGACAAAUUAUUUGUAUACUUAUUUCCAAAAAUAAAGUCCGUUAAAUUCAAUUCGUGGAUUCAACUCGUACUCCGCCAUUUUGAUUAAUACAUUAAAAUAUAAAUUUCCGUAGAAAAUGUUAUCAAACGUUUGCAUUAUAUGUACCAUGAAAUUAAUUCAAUCUGUAGUGUAUAUAUUACAAAAAAUGAUAUCAACGUUCCUCACAUAUCAUCUGUUUAAUAUUCUCUAGAUUAUAAGAAAUGUAAUGUAUGUAUAUAUUAUAUAUACAACAUAUGUGCUACGAUCGUUCUACAUAACUGUUACUUUGAGAAAUGACAUUGAUCAUUAUUUAUUAAGAAUAAAAUUCUAUUUUUAUAGCCAA